GGGCCUCGGGCGGAGCAAGUGGUGCUACCGACGAGGGUGGUCUAGGCAACCGAGGGGGAAGGAAGAAAAAAAAAAAAAGAAAAUUUUGAGCAUCCGGAUAUCUCUUUUGAGAGAGAGGAAGGAUGAGCAAGAGCGUCGAACUGCUCGCCAGUUCCGAGGAUGCCGAGCCGGUGGAUGACGAACCCAACGCCAACGACCCUAGUGGCGCGCGGCUAAACCUGAACGGCAGCCGGCAGCUGUCCCGCAGCGCGACCGAGUUACGUGAGCGGUCGCGCAAGAGCGGCGGCGAGAGCUCCUCGGCGGGACGAUCACCGGAGCAUCGGCGCGUCCGCACGACGACCUCGAGCUCGGCCGGUGGUAGCGCCGAGCACGGGGUCCUGCAGCGCCUGCGGCAACAGCACCGGCACAUAUCCGUGGCCCAGCGCACCCACACGUUCUUCGCCACUUUGAAGUCGCACUGGGUCAAGAGUCGCGCCAAGGACUCGCGCAAGAAAACCAGGGACCCCGCGGACUACAAGGCUGGCUCGGGCUCGAAUCAAGAUUCCGAUUACGCGGCCGAUUACUCUUCCGAGCACAGUCGCAGUUCUUCGGCCACCCAGAGCCCGGCUAGGCACUACCUAAAUCAUCCUGAAUCCCCACUGGCGCGCUCGAGCCGAGACAAAGUAGUGACGCUGCAGGAAGAUGGCUCGGGUCGCUGCAGCGACGGUUCGCCCAAGAUCCAUCAGCAUCCGUCCGUACCACCCCCACCUCCUCCCACGUCUUCCACCAGCACGCUACAAAACGACCAACAACAGCACAAUGAGGGGGACAGCGAGGGGGUGCCUACGGGGAUCUUGCAGGACGAGGUCGCGAGGAAACGCGAGCUGGCCCUCCGGCAGUACGCGUUUUUUCAGCUCAGGCUGCACUUGAGGCGGGGCGCAAGCCUCGUUGCCAUGGAUCGAUGCGGAGCCAGCGAUCCUUAUGUAAAAAUCAAAUGCGCCGGUCGCUUAUUGCACAAGUCGCGCACGGUUCAUCGAGAUUUGAAUCCGGUGUGGGACGAGAGCGUUACAUUGCCGAUUGAGGAUCCCUUCCAACCUCUUAAUUUUAAGGUUUUCGAUUACGAUUGGGGCUUGCAAGACGAUUUCAUGGGCGCGGCCUUAUUGGAUUUAACGCAGCUGGAAUUAGGACAGCAAAAAGACAUUACGUUGGAACUAAAGGAUCCCAACAGGCCGCGGCAACAUCUGGGAGAGAUAUUCAUUUCUGCCACCCUCUGGCCAAGAAACCAGCAAGAAAAAGAACAGUACUUCCAGAAGAGCAGCCGGCUGGCAGACGUUAACAGAAAACUAAAGUCCCAGAUAUGGAGCUCGGUCGUAACGAUCGUCCUUGUCGAGGCGAAAAAUUUGUUGCCAAUGGACAUCGACGGCCUCUCGGAUCCUUACGUCAAGUUUCGCCUAGGCUCGGAAAAGUACAAAUCGAAGGUGGCGAACAAAACGCUGAGCCCCGUGUGGCUGGAACAGUUCGACCUUCACCUUUACGAGGACCCGUACCUCGGCCAAGAACUCGAGGUGACCGUGUGGGACCGGGACCGCAGCCACCAGGACGAUCUGAUGGGCAGGGUGGUCAUCGACUUGGCCGCCCUCGAGCGUGAAACGACCCACCGGCUGUGGCGCGAGCUAGAGGACGGUGCUGGUAGUAUUUUUCUUUUGUUGACCAUCAGCGGUACCACGGCUAGCGAGACGAUCAGUGACUUGGCGGCGCACGAGGACACACCACGCGAGCGGUCGCAGAUGAUUCAGCGAUACGCGCUCGCUAACACGCUGCAAAGGAUACGGGACGUUGGGCAUUUGACGAUCAAGGUAUAUCGAGCGCAAGGAUUGGCCGCGGCGGACUUGGGUGGCAAGAGCGAUCCAUUCUGCGUUCUCGAACUUGUCAAUUCGAGGCUGCAGACCCAGACGGAGUACAAAACUUUGGCACCCAAUUGGCAGAAGAUAUUUACUUUCAACGUGAAAGACAUAAACUCGGUGCUAGAAAUAACCGUGUACGACGAGGACCGCGAUCACAAGGUCGAGUUUUUGGGCAAGGUGGCGAUACCUCUGUUGAAGGUGCGCAACGGUGAGAAGCGCUGGUACGCUCUGAAGGACAAAAAACUGAGAUGCCGGGCCAAGGGCAACAGUCCCCAGAUAUUGCUCGAAUUGACAGUGGUUUGGAAUAUGUUGCGCGCCUGUGUCCGGACCCUCAAUCCCAAGGAGAAGAAAUACAUGGAGCCCGAGGUCAAGUUCAAACGGCAGGUCUUCCUUAGAAACGUUAUGAGGCUGAAGGCGAUAAUCGUCAUUUUCAUCGAUUUGAGCAAAUACAUACAGAGCUGCUGGGAGUGGGAGAGCAAGCUGCGAAGCAUCAUAGCCCUUGUGCUCUUCAUCGUUGGUGUCUACUACUUCGAGCCUUACAUGAUACCGACAGCUGCUCUGCUCAUUUUGUUCAAGUAUUACGUGGUAGCUGUUUUGACUGGAGCUCCUCUUCCCCAUCAGAUCACCGUUCACGUCCAAGAGUCGAUGGACGGGGGAUCGGAUGACGGCCCGACCACCCCUGGAGACGACGAUGACGACGACGAUGAUAAGGAUAAGGAGGAGAAAAAGAGCUUGAAGGAGCGUCUACAGGCGAUACAGGAGGUUACCCAAACCGUGCAAAACUCGAUCGGCUACAUAGCCAGUCUGUGCGAGCGGGUGAAGAACCUGUUCAACUUCACCGUACCCUACCUGAGCUACCUCGCGAUGUUCAUAGUGAUAUGUGCAUCGGUGGUGUUUUACUUCAUACCCAUAAGGUAUCUCAUACUCGGCUGGGGUGUCAACAAGUUUGCCCGGAAAAUCAUCAGGCCCCACUCGGUGCCCAACAACGAACUACUCGAUCUCAUAUCUAGGGUACCGGAUGACGAGGAAUUGCUCAACUAUAGAGAGCUGAAAUCAGUACCAACGACCGACUGCGAGAGCACAGUGGGAAGCGGUGGCGGGCACCCGGGCGCCGGUGCGGGCUCGAGUCGCCGGGAGUUGCGCAAGCGCCAUCAAAAGCAGGCCGCGUAGCAGCAGUACGUCCCGCGGCCGGACGUCGCGGGCCUCAGGGCGCACGGCAACCUCAAGAGGUCCCUGCUGCGCCAGAAAUUUGACUACCUGCGCCAGCGCAUGGGCUCAACCGAAAAGCCGGACGCGCCCGAUCUCGACUGACGAGCGACGCCCCCUUUCGAGGCUGUCGCUCUGGUUGCUUCGAACGCAAAAGUUGUUAUCAUCGUUUUUUUAUCGUUAUGAUAAUUGUUGUAUUCACAAUCGUUCGUGUGGGUUGCCGGGCUUGUGCGUUGUGCUAGGGUUAAUUUGGAAAUCGACGCAGGCAUGGACAGGUUGUUGUUCUUGGUGUGGUUGGUCGAUUGCGAAGUUUGCCUCUGAUCGAUGACGAGCCAAAGUCGUUUUUAAAUAUGGUCACGUCUGUCGUCGAUUUCGGUGGUUUUGUUUAUUUUAAUCCCAAUGUCAGGGGUGUUUUGUGAUACCUGAAAGCUCAAUUUUUUAUGGUGGAUACUUAUAAUCACAACAGGAAAACGAUCGCAAUUGUUUGCUGUGAGCAGACACAGUUGGUUAAUGUUUUUCCAUGUAUUCAUGUUUUUGCCAAGUCAUAGCAAUGGUUACAAAAGUUACUGUGAAUAGGUUUUUUUUUUUUUUUUUAGAAAUCAAGGCUUAUUAAUUGAAAUAUCCGCUGUUACUGUUUCACAAAAUAUUCGUUGAAAAAAUCUAUCGAUGAUCAAAAUUGAUACAUAACGCUGAAAUAAAAAAUUUUUUGGAUUCAGAUUUUUUUAAUAUGUAUUUUACGUACAAGAAUUUUCAUUUAGAAUGCGUCAAGGAUUUAAAAAAAUUCCUUUCUCAGUUAAACAAAGUGAAAAAAUAAACCAUCUG